UCACAGCUGGACGAGGCAGCCUUGAUCUGAGUGAGCUAACUGGUGCCAUGAAAAUAUCAGGUGUCCCUCUGUUCCUCUCUCUGGCUCUUUUCUGCUUUCUCUCAGGUGUCUUCAGUCAAGGAGGACAGGUUGACUGUAGCGAGUUCCAGGACCCCAACAUGUUCUGCACUCGAGAAUCAAAUCCCCACUGUGGCUCUGAUGGCCAGACAUACGGCAACAGAUGUGCCUUCUGUAAGGCGGUGGUGAAAAGUGGUGGGAAGAUCAGCCUAAAACAUUAUGGAAAAUGCUGAAUUAGAGCCCAUGUUUUGUGGUGACUUGCCAUCUCCGUCAUCCUUCUUUUCAUUUUUCUGCUUUUACUUUUCUCUUGCAGAUCUCUUAAAUUUAUAAAGACAUCUUCUACUCUGGGUCUGCAGUAUAUAUUUCCCUUCAUUCA